UGACUCGGAGACAAAAAAGAAGCGAGAGCCCUCCCUCUCUCCUCCCGAAUCCCUGUCUCCUCUCGCUCAGCCUCCACAGCAGCAGCCAGUCUGCUCUCAGUCACUGUGCCCGCACACAGCUGAGCCUCAACAUCACAGCACACACACACACACUCACUCUAUCACACACACUCACCUCUCAGUUGCCGCUGAGCACAGCCGGCACCAGCAGCAGCAGCAGCAGCACCAGCAGCAGCAGCUUAAGCUCUGAGCAAAGCCGGAGGAAGACUCCCGCACAGUACCGGACAGAGGAGCAGAACAGAGUCCAGAGUGAGAGGAUCAGGAUGAGGAUGAGUGUGUGCAGUGUGCCGGCGCUUCCCCGCCGCCGUCCCGCACAGACCGCACGGAGCUUCACGCAGCCCCCGCCUCUCCUCCUCCUCCUCCUCCUGCUGCUCCUGUGCGGCGGGAGCGGCAGCGGCAGCGGCAGCAGCGUCGGGGCCGUCCCCUCUCCCUUCCAGCUGGCCCCGGACACCCCGGCCCCGGCCGAGCCCACCCCGACCCAGGCCACACCUCGCCCGGACCCCUGCGAGGGCCGACCCUGCCUGAACGGGGGGUUCUGCCUGGCGCUGCCGUCCGCCGGCAGGCCGGAGGACAGCUGGGAGUACGCCUGUACGUGCAGCCAGGGCUUCACCGGACGCAACUGUGAGUUUUUCACAGACCCGUGUGCCAGCAGCCCCUGUCUCCAUGGAAACUGCAGCCGGAGCGAGAGCGGGGAGGAGAGGGAGCCGGCCUACACCUGCGAGUGCACCGAGGGCUACGAGGGGGAGAGGUGCGAUCAGAUCCUAUUGGACCUGCCGGCCGCGGACUGGGACCCCUCUACCCCCUCCGCUCCCGAGCUGGCCACCCCCGUCGCCUCCACCACCGCAGCCGCCACUCAGCCACCGCCGCAGCCAACCACGGUCCCCUCCACCACGCUGGCGCCUCCCACCCUGCAGCCAUGGCAACCCAAACCUGGCCAGAGGCUGCUGGUGGUGCCAUGGGAGGCAGACAGGGUGACGGAGGGUCUGCACUGUGUGAGCCCUGAGCUAUGUGAGCUGACAUCAGGAACUCUGACUCUGUCUCUGGAGGUGCCCGAAGAGACGACCGUAAAGCUGGUGGUGAAUGCCACUGGAGCGCCUGUGCUGUGGCGCGUGAAUGAAGAGGGCUUCCUGCACUCCUCCAUUGUGAACGGCACCACAUUGUAUUUCCUGCAGGCCGCCGAUGGACUGGUGGUGCCGGAUCAGUUGCUGCCCAUGGGACAGAACUACUUCCUCAGUGUUUUGCGCGUGGGCUCCCCCACAGCCCCGGAGGUCACCCUGCGUCUCAGCCUGAUGGUGAAGGCCAGCAGCUGCGUGGAGCCGGGCAGCAGCUUCAGUGACCCUCAGUGCUCCGGGAAAGGCAAAUGUAUCACACAGGCCUCUGAGAGCACCUUCUUUUGCGAGUGCGAGGACAGCUACACCGGAAUCUUCUGUGAGGAGUUUGACGCGUGCCACCGCAGACCUUGUCGCAACAACGGCACCUGCAGCGACGUCAGGCAGGGGGGUGAAGGACGCAACUUCACCUGCGCAUGCCCUCCAGGUUAUGAAGGGGAGCGCUGCCAGUUGCUGGUCGACCACUGUGUUUCUGAGCCCUGCAAAAACGGAGCCACUUGUUUCAGCAGCCUGGCCGGGCCCAGGUGCUACUGUCCCGAAGGCUACCAGGGUGCUACAUGCGAGCAGAAGGUGGACCCGUGUGCCUCCAGCCCCUGUCACAAUAACGGGACAUGCUACGCCCAGGGCCCCGGCCCGCUGGGGUUCGGCUGUAGCUGCACAGCGGGCUUCACCGGCCCCACGUGUGCCCAGCUGGUGGACUUCUGUGCCCUGAACCCCUGCGCCCAUGGGGUCUGCCGCAGCGUGGGCAACAGCUACAGGUGUCUGUGUGUCCCAGGCUACCAUGGCUUGUACUGUGAAGAGGAGUACAAUGAGUGUAUGUCGGCCCCCUGCCAGAACUACGCCACCUGCAGGGAUCUCAUCAACGCCUACGAGUGUGUCUGUACACCACAGUUUGAAGGCAGACACUGUGAAGUCUACAAGGAUCCGUGUCUGAAGAUGCACUGCCAGAAUGGAGGUCGCUGCGAGAGCUCAGGACUCAACGUUUCCUGCGCCUGCCAACCUGGAUACCUGGGGGAGAAGUGUGAGGUCGACGUCAACGAGUGCGAGAGCAACCCUUGCCACCACGGAGGCACCUGCAUCGACCAGUCGAAUGGCUUCACCUGUCACUGUCCACCUGGGUGGGUGGGGCCCAGCUGUGAGAUCCACCUGCAGUGGAAGCCAGCACACACUGAGGACACCCUGACCAACAUGCCCCGCCACUCCCUCUACAUCAUCAUCGGAGCCCUGUGCGUGGCCUUCGUCCUCAUGCUCAUCAUCCUCAUCGUGGGCAUCUGUCGCAUCAGCCGCAUCGAGUACCAGGGCUCGUCGCGCCACGCCUACCAGGAGUUCUACAACUGCCGCAGCAUCGACAGCGAGUUCAGCAACGCCAUCGCCUCCAUUCGCCACGCUAGAUUUGGCAAGAAGUCCAGGCCUGCCAUGUACGACGCCACUCCCAUCGCCUACGAAGACUACAGUCCUGAUGACAAGCCUUUGGUCACGCUCAUCAAGACGAAGGAUUUGUAAAACACAACCAUCCCAGCUGCACAUGUGUACACAUGUGCAUCCACACACACACACACGCAUAUAUACAGAAAGUCAGUAUAAAUCUUAAAGUAUUUCUUAAGAAAAAAAAAAUAGCAGCAAAACAAAAUCGAUUGUAAAGAAGAAAAAAAAUACAAAACAUACUCUGUAGUUUAAAAAAGAACAAAUCUGGAAUUUGAUACAUCUAUUUUCCUGUCAAAGUCCACGACAAGGCUUUAUUGUAGCAUAAGAGCAUACUUUGCAUUACUUAAGUUAUUGAUUAUUGAUCAACACUACCAGUAACCUCUGCUGUACAAGAGUGAUGACUUUAGUCUGCACCAGACUGUCUGUCUGUCUGUCGGUGGGGAAAACAACCCAGGAGCCUAAAUUUCUAAGUGUAAACUCAGCCAGCAGUGCUGACAGCAGUCCUUACAGGUGUUGUAGAAAUAGCUGCGCUCCUCUCAGUGCAAACAUUGUAUCUUUUUCUAUAUCUAAAAAGAAAAAUAUGCGGUAGGUUGCCUUACUUCGUGCAUGGUUAAAUUUGGUGUUCUUCUCUGCAUUCAUUUAAACUCCUUUGUACUUGGUUGUUAGCUGUUACGUUUCUUUCAUUGCAGAUGUAUAAUUCUCUCUGUCGAGAUUGUGCCAAAUAUUUUCCUUUGGGGUAAUUUGUGGUUAGUAGAUCAAAUACAUACAUGUAUAAAAUGCUAGUCACGGAACGUUUCUUUUUUUUAAAAAUGCAUAUCGUCCUGUUCUUUACAUGCAAGUUUCUCAAUGGUGUAUGAAUAGUAAAGAGAGUGGGUUUACUGGAGUACUGUGACUCUGCCAUCCUACUGUAUGUAUUUCAGUGAUAUUUAGGAGAAUAGGUAGGUACAUUUUCUCACUGCACAGAAAUAUAGUCGGUUUUACUCAGUGUACCUGUUUACGCCAGUGUACAAAUUCACCUCUAGUAUUGACAGUGUUGAAUAGUUCCUGGAUGAGAGUUUCUCUGCUGGAGUGACCUCCUGCUGGUUUUAAGGAGGAGGAGGAGGAGGAGGAGGAGGAGGAGGAGGAGGAGGAGAGAGAUGAUAUUGACUCCAGCAUAUAUGUGCUUCUGUGUCCUGCCAAUUGGAACCCCCCCCCCGUGUGCAGCUGUGUUGCUCCUCUCAAGGUCAAACAAUGUUUUACCAGUAGGCUCAGCUAACCCUCAGACUUUCUGUUCUCUCAUUUCAAACACAGCAGCCACAUGAUUACCUAUUAUCUAUGUUGAAUGAUGUAAAACAAUAAAGAUCCAAGUGAAACUACU